UACGUAUUCACUUGCAAUCGUGUACUACACUACACCUACCCUGCUGCCCGAGUGGCAAUUGGCAUGCAUUAUCCUGGAGGACACGCGUCCUCUGCACAUCAGCUCUCAUAGUGAACCUCACCUGCCUCGCUGAAGUUUCAUCAGGACUCCGAACCAAAAUGACAGAAACCAACUGUGAAGUUGAAGUGAUCCAUUCAUGGUCUGCACCAAGGUCUCUCAGUACUUGCCUUAUGUAUUCCUUCGCACAGAGGGACGAUAUUGAAGUUCUCGAUGAGCCGUUGUAUGCAAAUUUUCUCAAAGUAACUGGAGCAGAGAGGCCCUACAGGGAUGAAGUUCUUUCGAAUAUGGAAUGUGAUGGAAAUAAAGUGGUCAAGGAUAUUAUUUUUGGUCCAGGAGAAAAGAAAUACCGGUACUGUAAGCAUAUGGCUAAACAACACUUGCCUGGUUUGACAGAUGAGUUAAUUAAGAGAGGAAAACACUUUUUACUCAUCCGCAAUCCCCUCGAGAUAUUGCCAUCUUUUGAUGAGGUUGUCUCCCCAUCAUUUCUUGAGUUAGGACUGGGAGAACUUGUCUCUAUAUAUGCUGAGCUAUCCAGACUUGGAAAGCCCCCACCUGUCAUUGAUGCUGCAGAUCUUCGAACUGAUCCUGAGGCUACCUUGCGCGGCCUUUGUGAAGAUCUUGGCAUACCUUUUCAAUCUGCAAUGCUUAAAUGGGAAGAAGGGCCAAAAGCAUAUGAUGGAAUUUGGGCCCCAUGGUGGUAUAAAGCCGCACAUAAGGCAACAUGUUUCGUUCCAUCUAGAAAGUAUCCAUUGCCAUUUCCAUUGUCUUUGUAUGAUAUGUUGGAGCAAAGCUUGCCUUUAUAUAACAUCCUUCGGCGUCAUUCAAGAAGGACUUUGCCUCUUCCUAAGAUUCCUAUUCCGGCUAAUGAAAAGCUUCUUGCAUGGGUUGGAGAUGAAAUUUUGCCUCGUGAGAAUGCAAAGGUCUCUGUGUUUGAUUCCGUUGUCCAAGGUGGUGAUGCAGUCUGGGAAGGACUUCGAGUGUAUUCUGGGAAGAUAUUAAAGCUUGAAGAUCAUUUAGAUCGGUUGUUUGACUCAGCAAAAGCCUUAGCUUUCUCUAGUGUACCAACCCGUGAAAUGAUCAAGGAUGCCAUAUUCAAGACUCUUAUAAGCAAUGGAAUGUUUGACAAUGUACAUAUACGACUAACUCUAACGCGUGGCAAGAAGGUAUCUUCAGGAAUGACCCCUGCUUUAAACCUUUAUGGAUGUACUUUAAUUGUUCUUCCUGAAUGGAAACCACCUGUCUAUGACAAUGCAAAAGGCAUCUCAUUGGUGACAGCAACCACUAGGCGUAAUUCUCCAAAUAAUUUGGAUUCAAAGAUUCACCAUAACAACCUUCUCAAUAACAUUCUUGCUAAGAUAGAAGGAAAUAAUGCAGAAGCUGAUGAUGCUAUCAUGCUGGAUAAAGAUGGCUAUGUGUCGGAGACAAAUGCUACUAACAUUUUCUUGGUGAAGAAAGGCCGUGUUGCAACACCUCAUGCCGACUUUUGCCUUCCAGGCAUCACAAGAGCAACUGUAAUAGAGCUCGUGCGGAAGGAAAACAUGGUAUUUGAGGAGCGACGCAUUAGUUUAUCAGAGUUUCACACUGCAGAUGAGGUUUGGACCACUGGAACCAUGGGAGAACUAACUCCGGUCACCAAGAUUGAUGGCCGGCUUGUUGGAUGUGGUCAAGUGGGCACCAUAACUCUGAGACUACAACAUGCUUACAGAAAGGUCACAGAAGAGACAGGGGUUCCUAUACCAACAUAUCAGUUGACUUGAAUACUGGUUCUGUAAGGCCACAUUUUUCUAAAAGAUUAAAGUUGUAACUAGCAUCACCUUCGUUUUCUUAGUGCUUGUUCAAAUGGGGGGUUUUGGAGGAGAAGGCUUUGGAGGGCUAAGUCUAUAUCGUCAUAAAUGAAAACUUUGCCAAAAUGAAUAUAAGAUGAUUGAAAUGUUAUGUCCACAUAAUAGGUCAAUCUUUCCAUUUUUAAUACGAAGUAUAUCAAGAUAUGAACUAAAGCCCUCCAAGGUCUUCCUUACCAAAAGCCCUCCAAAAACCUCGAUUCAUACCGAGUUUGUAAAAUUGAAAUGUAUCUAUCCUACAUUCUGGGUUGGAGUCUGACCUUUGCAUCAAGUGUAACAACAUACUAGAAUUAGUUGUACGGAUGAAGUCUACAUUCGCUUAAAUAAUGAUGGAAGCACAACAUAAACAAAGGAGUUCUUGGGUCCGUUCCACUGAAAAUAAGAGAGAAAUACCUCCGCUUUACGCGAUAUUUCUACAGGCAUGGUUUGAGCCAAGUGCGCCUGUCACUGAAGAUUAGUAUCUUGCCAUCAUAAGGGACAACUACAGGCAUCACUUUUCGUAGGGGAUAUCCGCAACAGUGGAUUAGCCUAUGAUGGUUGUAGAGCAAAGAUGAGGACGACAACAAUGAGCAUUGAUUGAUGCAGCAGCAGCAUCAAACUAUCAAUGUAUCAAAUACUAUUUGAAUAAGUGUCAUGAUAACCUACCAUGUUGUCUACAUUUCUGCGGUGUAGACCUCCAACAAUGUAUAAGCAACUGCCAAUGCUGCAAGCAACAGAAAGUACCACGUCAACUAGCUUGUGUCCAAACACAAGAAAAAAUAUAGUGUGUGUGUUUGAUCAGACCAAACCAAAUAAACUCCUUGUUUGGCGAAUAAAAAUUAAAAUAUGGCUACCAUCGGAG